AUGAGGCUGACAGAGAAGAGAAAAGGCAAAGUCAAUCCAGAAACCUCCAGAGAGCAAUCUAAUUGGAUUCCAUCGUUUCAUAGCUAUGAAGACUUCAAGUGCAAGACACUACAAUCAUUAGAUGGCUUUAUGAUAAUACUGAGCACAGACGGAGUGAUAAUUUUUGUCCCUGGAAACAUCACUUGUCUCCUUGGCCAUUUACCAAAUGAUAUCGUGGGUAAAAAGUUAUUAAGUCUUCUGCCUGAUCAUGAGAGAAACGAAGUCUUUGGAAAGAUCGCUCUCAAACUUCCUUUGUCAAACUCAGAGCCUUUGGUGCUCUUCAGCAGCUUCUUCCCAAGCCACUCCUCUGCUGAAUCGUCUCCUACAUACCUUCCUCUGGAGGAUCGGUUUUAUCUGGUGGGGUCCAUUUGUCUCCUCAGGGCUCAGACCCUACAGCUACUGGACAGCAUUGCUGAGGAGCCCAAUGUGUGCAAGGGGUUGUGCUAA